AGGGUGUCCGGUAAAGUAACAAAAUACCCCGCUUUUGAUUCAAAAACAGGUAAUAAUGCAAAAAAGUCAAGAAAAAAAUGCUAUAAAAUCCCAACCCUGAUUAUUACCUAUGUGCGUAAUACUUUACCGAUUUUUUUUAUUCCCGUUAAAUACUUUCCCGAUUUAUUCGUUUCUCCGUAAUAAUAAUUGUUCGCGUGUAAUUGUUCUCGUGUAAAUGUUUAAUGUUUUAAAUCGUAGGUCGUACGGCGUACGUGGUGGAGGUAGAACGAACAGAAUCAUACUGUUGGGGACCAUUUGGUAAUUUGUAACUAUGAACCAGUGGAACGAACAAAAGUAUUCGUUACUUAUCCGAGACCGUGAUAACAAGAGUUCCGCUUAUCACUAGUCGGUUGUCUUCGAAAGAAAACAUAAUAUUUUGUUUUCGUAGUUUUCGUGAGUCGUGACAGAAUAUUAUUAUUUUUUAAAAUUUUUAACCAUAAUAUUCUUUAGUUACUAUUUUAACCGUAAUAUUAUAAUAUAUGUAUUAUACUUGAAGCAUACUAUACCUUUAAAAAUACGACACGCGACACCUAACCACCUAACUAUUCUGUGGAUUAACUACCACGAGAAAACUUACACCUCAAAACACAGUCAUCGGUCUGUAGGAGACCGGAAUACAGGUGUCGUAUACGUUCCGAGACCGAUUGAUCGAGGCUACCCAUAUCUGCUGAUCGAGUUCACUUUUCUAAGUUCAAACUGUAUACAAUACAGAUAACUCUCUACUGAUAAGGCUAACUUCAAUAUCCGACUUUCAAAUUGGUCCUGGUGGUUGCACUUCUAUAUUAAUUAUUUUAACUUUAUUUUUGAUGAUAAAAAUUAUAUAAGACUACGUUUAAAAAUGCAUAAGUGUAUAGUGUGCGGUAAUAGAUCUCAUAACACCAAUGUCAAUCGUGAAGGUGUUAGAUAUCAUGGAUUUCCCAAGAAUGAAAACAUGAGAAGAGAAUGGUUUAAAGUUUUAGGAAUUGAUCGUUGUCAUGACUGGCAACGUAUAUGUAGUGAUCACUUUUUGGAAGAGAACUAUAAGCCAGGAAAAAAGCGAUUUUUAUUUUCAAAUGCUAUUCCCCAACCUUAUGAUCGAAAUGGUUUUCCUUCUAAUUAUGCUACUCAAAGUUAUGAUGUUAAGACUGGAAAUAAUGUAAUUUUACCAAUGGAAACAAUUAUUAUAAGAGAGGAAAAUAUUGAAAAUGCUGUUGUAAAUAAUUUUAAAUCACCAAGGCAGUUAUCUAGACUUGCUGGAAACAAUGAGGAUAUGCCGGACCACACUUUAGGAUCUGGAUUACGAUGUUCCGUUAAAAACUGCUUUAACAGGCAUUCAGUGAAUCUUAGUCUCUUUGGCUAUCCUAAGGAUUACACGCUGAGAAAAAAGUGGAUAGAAAAAUGUGGAAUAAAAAAAGAUCCUACUAAAAUAGUAAUAAGUGCUAUGAGAGUUUGUAGUACUCAUUUUGAACUAGACUGUUUCACAAAUACCGCAUUAAAGAACAGAUUAAAACCAGGCGCUGUUCCAUCAUUAUUUUUAGUUAAUGCACCUGAUGCUUUGCCAGUGUCGAUUAAUGAGGUGCCUGUACUGAGUACAUGUGAAGAUCAAUUCAUAAAUCCAAUAGAUAAUGAAGCUGCUGAACAGUCAUCAGAAGAAGAAACAAACAAUGAAAUAGAUAAUACAGAUAAUACUUCCAUGAUAAUUGACCUUACAACUGAUGAUUCAUCUAAUAGUUCGUUGUCCAUUACUUUGGAACCAAUUGAGAAAACAACCUCACAAUGUAUUAUAAUGGAUGUUUGCAAUACUGAAGAUUUUACAAGGGAUAAAUACGGGCUUAUUUUUGAAAUAUCUAAGGAAGUUAUACUUCCUAGUUUAUAUUGGAAGAGUGAACAUCUUAAUGCACAAAAUGCAACAGGUUUUUAUCAACGAGACGCUAAUGAUGUAACUGUGAAGAAAGUUAUUUUUUAUAAUAGCCUUGUGCCAACCAUACAAAUAUAUGGCAAGAAACAUAAAUAUAAUAGGUCCAUAACAACAAAAGCAGAGUUAAACAAUCUUUUGAAGAAUAUAGAUAGUAUCAAAAAAUGCUAUGGUAGGGGUGGAUUUGUAUUUGAACAAUGUAUAGGGUAUUUUAAAAAUACCUUAGAUAAUAUGUGUUCUGGCUGUCAAGGGUUGGUAAAAGAUGAAGAUUUACAAAGAAUGAAAGCAAAAAUUGAAGUCAAAAACAAAGCUAUGGAAAGUUUUAAAAAGAGAAUUGCUGAAAUGAAAGAAACUGUUUUAGAACUAAGAAAAACGAUGUCAGAAAUUUAAAAAAAUCGACAACAUAGACUCGCUUUAACUAUCCGGAAUUUCAAAUAUACGCAAGAAAAUGAACUUUGAUUGGAAAAUAAUAUAUAUUUAAUGUACUUGUAAUUUCAUAAUUAUGAAGAAUGGAAAAAAAAUAGAUUUUGGUUUGUAAAAUCGGUAUCAUAUAAUUUAAAAAAAUUAUUGUAUUUUAUGCAUUAUAAAAAAUAAUAAUUAGUUAAUAAAUGUUAUUUUAUAUUCGUA